AAAAUACACGCAAUAAUGGCUGCGAUACAUUAUAGUUUAUUAAUUCUUGUUGUGGCUUGCUCAUGGACUUUCGCAGAUGACAUGCAAAAUGCAGCUAAUUCUGCAAUGAGUGAUUCAUCCAGCUCCACUGCCAUCAGCGACAUAUGGAAAAAAAUUAAGGGUAUUGCCAACGAAAUAUACAAACUGGUACUACUUGAGGGCUCGUUGGACCAAUUCAUUUCAUCAAUUGGAUCUUUGAUAGAAGCAGAUGUCAAAACAAUGAAUACCAUACCAGUUGCAGGUACACUACUGAAAUCUAUUGGCCAGUUAUUGGCUAAGUUCCCAGUAAUUGGUGCAAGGUUGGAAGCGAUGGGCUUCGGAAAAGCAUUCAAGGGUGUUUUCACUGAAUGAUAAAAACCUGUACCACAUUCAAGAAAUAAAUAUUUGACCAAGAA